AAACCCUUUUCGUGAUCAACACUCUUCUGUACACCGACUACUGAAAUCAAAUCGCCAUUGAAACAAAAAUCUGCAAGCUCACGAAUUCUCCAUCGGAUAGACACGAAUGGCGACAGCGGAUAUCGCGAUGAAACCCGUGGAUGCAGGGGAGAAAGACGAGGGUUGUUCGUCGAGGCACGCGGUGAAACCAGGAGAAGGUCUGAGGCAGUAUUACUUGCAGCAUAUCCAUGAUGCUCAGCUCCAGGUUCGCCAGAAGAGUCAUAAUCUCAAUCGCCUUGAGGCUCAGCGUAACGAGCUAAAUUCUCGAGUAAGGAUGCUUAAAGAAGAGUUACAGCUGCUUCAAGAGCCUGGAUCUUAUGUUGGUGAAGUUGUCAAAGUAAUGGGAAAAUCAAAAGUUCUAGUGAAGGUGCACCCAGAGGGCAAAUAUGUGGUUGAUAUUGAUAAAAGCAUUGACAUUACUAAGAUCACACCUUCAACCAGGGUUGCCCUUCGAAAUGACAGUUAUGUCCUUCAUUUGGUUUUACCAAGCAAAGUAGAUCCUCUAGUCAACCUUAUGAAAGUUGAGAAAGUUCCUGAUUCUACAUAUGACAUGAUUGGUGGUCUUGACCAACAAAUUAAAGAGAUUAAAGAGGUUAUUGAACUUCCAAUCAAACAUCCAGAGUUAUUUGAAAGCUUGGGUAUUGCUCAACCAAAGGGAGUUCUGUUAUACGGUCCACCUGGCACUGGAAAAACAUUAUUGGCAAGAGCUGUUGCUCAUCAUACUGACUGUACUUUCAUUAGGGUUUCUGGUUCUGAAUUAGUACAGAAAUACAUCGGAGAAGGUUCCAGAAUGGUUAGAGAGCUUUUCGUUAUGGCCAGGGAACAUGCUCCAUCGAUUAUAUUCAUGGAUGAAAUUGACAGCAUUGGAUCUGCUCGAAUGGAAUCUGGAAGUGGAAAUGGUGAUAGUGAAGUCCAAAGAACAAUGCUUGAGCUUCUCAAUCAGUUGGAUGGAUUCGAAGCAUCAAACAAGAUCAAGGUUUUGAUGGCUACAAACCGGAUUGAUAUCCUUGAUCAGGCUCUUCUUAGGCCUGGAAGAAUUGAUAGAAAGAUUGAGUUCCCAAAUCCAAAUGAAGAUUCGAGAGGUGAUAUCUUGAAAAUUCAUUCAAGAAAGAUGAAUUUAAUGCGUGGGAUUGAUCUGAAAAAGAUUGCUGAGAAGAUGAAUGGUGCUUCGGGUGCAGAACUUAAGGCGGUUUGCACAGAGGCAGGGAUGUUUGCAUUGAGAGAAAGGAGAGUGCAUGUGACACAAGAAGAUUUUGAGAUGGCAGUGGCUAAAGUUAUGAAGAAGGAAACUGAAAAAAACAUGUCCCUUCGAAAGCUCUGGAAGUAAAAAAUUGUUACCUUCUUUUUCUUGUUUUUUUUUUACACUUUUACUGUGGUGAAAAGUGAAAUUUGGAAUUUUACUGAGUUUCAACCGAAUCAAGCAUAAUAGUACUACCUAAUUAUCUCCUCCAAAACCCUUUAGCCAUUUGUCUUCUCGGAUUUCCUUAUCUUUUAUGCUUUGAAAUUUGAUGCUUUUCUGCAAUGCAAUACAAUGUAUCAUUUAUUUUUUUUGCCUAAGUGGUAGUGUUUGCUCUCGAACAUGUUUAA